CGGAGGAGGGGUAGAGUCAGUCAGACGACAGAGAAAGAGGCAGGCACACCCUCAGGAAGUUAACAGAGCAAUAGAAGCUGAGCAAAAGACUGCAAAAAGGGAACCUUUUCAAGAAUGGGAUUUGUGCAAUGCUUUGUCCUGAUGCUAUCUGCACACCUGGUGCUCACCUUUCCUCCAACACAGAGGACGUACAUCCAAAAUGGCAGAAGGUGUAAUUUGUGCACUGCAGGCACGUAUAAAGUUUCUUGCACAGAGUGUGCACCCUGCCCUGCUGGGAAAUACACCAGUGACUGGAACCGUGAAGUCGAAUGCCACCGAUGCUACGGAGACUGCUCACCAAAGUUUCAUCAGAAAGUGGUUGAGCAGUGCAGCAGCACGUCGGAUAUGAAGUGUGACUGUGAGGCUGGUUUCAGCUGCGCCGAGCGAGUCCCGUACUCUGAGAACUGCAGAGUGUGCGUCAAGAUUCCUGACAAAACCAAGAUUCAGGACAAAGCCACAACCGUAGAAGCAGCGGCGGUGGCGAUCACAGACAGAGAUAAACAGACGCCUUCCCCUGCUUCCUCCGGAUAUGGCAGCACUUCUUCUAAACCCUGCAGAUUUUCCACGUGUGACAACCAGCCAGUCCCAGCUCAGAAUAUCUCGAAACCAGAGAACAAGAGUAUUUUCCUUGCAGCUCUUUUGUGUCCGCUGUUUUUAUUGGGCUGUUCGGUUCUUCUGAUCCGUUUCUGUAUUCAUCGAUCAAGAGGCAACACUUGUUUCAGUCAAACUGUUGAGAAGCUUUGCAAAGAGAAAGGACACGAAGCCUCUCACAGGCCGAUGGACUCAAGUCAGCAGUUCCCCCGAGACUCAUUCAGCGCCAAGCAGCCGCCUUCAGCGCUUUCAGCCACAAACCUGGGCCCGGUGUACGUCCAAAACCCCGGCACCAUCAUCUUCAGCCUCCUCAGUCAGUUCACGGGCCAGGUUGGGCCAACGGUUGAAGGUGGGAAAACAUCUGAGGGAGCCGGCAGAGAAGAAGAAGAGGACGAAGAAGAGGAGGAGGAGAGAGACUGUCCCGUGUGCCAUCCCAUGUCCCCUCACGGCGUUCGUCUGUCAGAGGAGGAGAAGAGCGAGGACGCCGACGGCACCUUGUUCCCCUCGCAGGAGCAGGGGAAGGACUACCACAUGUCCAAGGAGGAGGUGCUAUGACGCUCCACGAGGAGUUCCUCCAGUUGGUCGUGACUGCUGGUGCACAGGGCUGUACCUGAAAGCUUCCUCUCAAACGGAUGAAUUGCAAAACAGUGAUGUUUCAGACGAGCGUGGAGAAAAUUCUGGCAGACUGCGAGCGUACCGCGGCUCACAGCGAUGUUUCAUGCUAGCUGGACAUUUGGGAAAAUCGCAAUUCUGGGAUGAAAAGGUGGAAGAGGGUCGGUCCUCUUUGUAAGUUAUAACUCAAGAAAUUUUGUCCAACUUUUCAGUCAAGUAGAAUUUAAUUUUGCACAAAAGAAAUAACUUUGACGAAUGUUUGCAACACUCACCACACAAAACGGCUGUCAGUUAUCAAAAAAUGAACAAGUUAAGAGUAUUUUUGGACUUCCGUUCAUCCAUCCAUAUAUACACACACACACACACACACACACACACACGCAUGCGCGCACACACAUGCACACACACUUUGUGUGUGUGCAUUUAUUUCUUGCUGACGUCACAGAGGUCAAACAGUCAUCCGUUCUCUCAGGAAGCAGUCAGUGUCGUCCUGACCGGCGUAACUCCCUGGGCUCCGCUCAUCGACACAGACCGGGCGGCUGUGUGCCGCUCCACCGGUCAAGAGCGUCCAAAGCAAUAAAGGAGAGAUCCUUUCCAUCUGCUGCUCGCCACCAAACGUCCCGAUCACGUUCUCACGCCACCAAAGUCAGUUCAGUCUCUAGACCUUCACGUAUAAGUCGGUAGAUUCACAUUCGCAGCUCACUUCCUGGACGGGCUUGGACACUUCGUCCUCCGGGGACAGAGGCUGCACUGCGGUUUUUUCAGGCAAAAAGUCUGAACAACAAGAGAAAGAACAUUUUCUGAGGAUUAGGUUUACGGAAAAGGUAAAAGAACAAAACAACUCAUUUAUAUCAUGAACAAUGUUUUUGUAAAUCAUCCAUAUACACACCAUGUCUUGAUCUGAUCCAGUGGAGCAACGGUCUGAUCUUCUUUGCCACAAGUAGUGCAAUUCCCGCACACAGGAGGGCAAUAAUCACCAGGAACCACAUCGGAUCUGUAAUGAUGCGUGAGAGAAACAUGCCCGUCGGAAAGUGCAACGGUUUGAUUAUUUUACUGAAGUAAAACCAUCAGUUUAAUUUACCUUGACGGGCUGGUUUUUGAGUUGGGGGCCGGUUUGGAUGGCGGAGAUCAAUACAAAGCCAUUAGCACAACAUAUCAGUUAUAAAGUUAUGAAAGUGUUUAUAUUUCAGAUGAGCCCAUGAGCUGUCUCUUAACUCUUUAAAUUAAAUUAUUAUUCAAUUAUUGAUCAACCUUUUUGUUCUGAAGUAAACAGCUUCAAAGAUCUGUCAGACAUGCACAGAAAGAAUAAAACCUCACAGUAGAUAUUAUUAUUUAACCUGAUUCAACGCAGGUGUUAUAAACAGGUGGAUAUAAAGGAAAACCUGCUCAUGAUAAGACAGUCAAGUGCAGUUAAAUGUAACUAAGUAUUUUUUUAUUUCAGAAGAGUCAUUUUACCUAUGGUUAUGUACUAAAUUAUUAUGUCGUAAAUGUAACAGCAGCCUUUCCAUACUCUUACCACUUUUGGUUAUUUGAUUCCUUGUCAUGGAAAUAAAAGCCUGUUUCUACUUUGAAGCAUGAA